AUGGCGAACCCAGCGCAGGCAGCAAGGCAGGUCCCAUCGUGGCCCCACAAAAAGAAGCUAAGAAACGGCACCUCCCGCCUCCGGGCUCACAGUUCUCCGGUCGCUCUCCCUCAGCCACGUCCGGGACCACCGCGCCUUCGCGCCCAACGCCGUCGUGCUCCGGACUGCGUCGGCGAGGUCGGCAGAGCUCGACCGGGAGGUCGCCGGCCUGCAGAAGCGGCUGACCAGGAUGACGCAUCUCACACCGCUGCUGUUCGCCACUGGGGACGCCGCUGCUGA